AUGUUGUCGACAAUGGUCUCAGAACAUGACCGAGUGAAUGCAGUAUUCAGCGAGUACCUCAAGCUUUUGGAAAGUGACACGAGAUGCAGGAGCAGGUCCCCAGCUCAGGAACAUAAGGCAGAGAGUCCUUUGCCUGCCGGCCUUGAUGAUUACCCUUUGUCUGGUGUACCAGAAACGAUGAGCCCAAGUAGCAUGAAACUUGGCAUCCUUGCUCUGGUUCGUCUUUACAAAGGCGAGAUGUCCGAUGAUGAAGCUGUGAAGGUAGCAAAGGAGAUCUUGGGGGGGGAGGAAGCGCCUUCCCAGAGUUGUGCCCUCACUCCGCCCCUCAAGUCGCAGCCUGACCACGCGAGCUCCGCAUGCCCGGACAUGGUUCCGAAGAGUGAUGCGGGUGCCAAGGAGUCGUCAAGAUUCACGCUCGAGAUGGCGUUUAGCCAGACUCAGGUAGAUGCUGCAAGAACAGCGAUUCGUGAACUCAAAAACGCCAUCAAGGAGGUGGACACCAGCACCGGCGCGCGCACCAUCCAGGUCACCUUUCGCCGUGGCUUUGAUCCAGUUGAGGUAGCACAGAGGGUUGAGUACUGGAGAGGCCCGUGUUGCGAGCCUAUUCCCGUGGAGCCCUUGGAAAUCAAACGUCAUGGGACUUUCCGUAAACCGGUUGGACCGCAGAGCUUUGCAGUUGCAGGGGGUGAUGCUCGCAAGUUCGUCCUUAAACUGCAGUUGGCAGGAACAGGCGGACAGAGCACUGCAAAGGUCAGAAAGCUGUCUUUGCAGGUAAAAACCUCCUCGAAAGAGCUCUGGGUUUUGGGGUCGAAAACCGUUCUCUCGGAUGAGGCGGCGAGUAUGAUCAUGCAUUUCGGGCCCCAUGACUCGGCUCAGGUCCUAGCUGGGAGCACUCCGAAGUUUGAUGUGUCUCUUUUCUUCGCCACCGCAUCCCCGAAUGUGUAG